AUGGAGUGGUCGUGCGACCCCGUUGGCAUCGACGAAGGAAUCAUGUACCCCAUUGGCCAUGACAAAGAGUUGCGCGACCUCGCGGCACAGGGAGUUGCGAGACGUAGGGAAAUGGUCGUACUGGAGGGUUUCACUGUUGACUUGACUAUGCCACUUGUAUUUCAGGUAGGUCGCCUUCGGGAUGCUUACCAAGAAUGGGUUCACCAACCUAUAAUUAGCAGGGAAGGUCCACGGUUUUUUGCAAAUAAUGUUUUGGAGUUCUUAACACGAACAGUGUGGUGGGUUAUUCCAGUGAUAUGGCUUCCAGUUGUUUGUUGGUGUCUAAUCCAGUCAUUUCAAAUGUGCAAUUCAUUCCCUCAGUUGGCUCUGAUGGUAAUGACUGGGGUAUUUUUGUGGACCAUGAUCGAAUAUAUUUUGCAUCGAUUUCUUUUCCACAUCAAAACUAAAAGCUACUGGGGAAAUACAGCUCAUUACCUUCUCCAUGGUUGUCAUCACAAGCAUCCCAUGGAUAGCCUACGGCUAGUUUUCCCCCCUGCUGCAACUGCUAUCUUAUGCAUACCAUUCUGGAAGCUGGCCACAUUGCUUGCAGCUCCCACAACUACUCCAGCAUUGUUUGGAGGUGGCCUGUUGGGUUAUGUUAUAUAUGACUGCACUCAUUAUUACCUGCACCAUGGACAGCCUUCCAAAGAUCCUGCUAAGCAUCUUAAGCGAUAUCAUCUAAAUCAUCAUUUCCGAAUCCAAAAUAAGGGUUUUGGAAUAACUUCUUCACUGUGGGACAUUGUCUUUAGCACAUUGCCCCCAUCAAAAUCCUCUUCGUAA